GAGGACGCGUCCGGCGCCGAGAGAUUCAAACUAGUGGCGGGAGGCUGUGAGCUGAGCGGUGGGGUCCGCGUACGCCUGGAGUCCUUCCCCGCUGUGCUCAGCAUGGACCCUAUCCGGAGCUUCUGCGGGAAGCUGCGGUCUCUGGCCAGCACGCUGGACUGCGAGACGGCCCGGCUGCAGCGAGCGCUGGACGGAGAGGAAAGCGACUUUGAAGAUUAUCCAAUGAGAAUUUUAUAUGACCUUCAUUCAGAAGUUCAGACUCUAAAGGAUGAUGUUAAUAUUCUUCUUGAUAAAGCAAGAUUGGAAAAUCAAGAAGGCAUUGAUUUCAUAAAGGCAACAAAAGUACUAAUGGAAAAAAAUUCAAUGGAUAUUAUGAAAAUAAGAGAGCAUUUCCAGAAGUAUGGAUAUAGUCCACGUGUCAAGAAAAAUUCAGUACACAAGCAAGAAGCCAUUAACUCUGACCCAGAGUUGUCUAAUGGUGAAAAUUUUCAGAAGACUGAUGUGAAAGAUAAUCUGUCUGAUCCUCCUGUUGCAAGCAGUUGUAUUUCUGAGAAGUCUCCACGUAGUCCACAACUUUCAGACUUUGGACUUGAGCGGUACAUGGUAUCCCAAGUUCUACCAAACCCUCCACAGGCAGUGAACAACUAUAAGGAAGAGCCCAUAAUUGUAACUCCACCUACCAAACAAUCACUAGUAAAAGUACUAAAAACUCCAAAAUGUGCACUAAAAAUGGAUGAUUUUGAGUGUGUAACUCCUAAAUUAGAACACUUUGGUAUCUCUGAAUAUACUAUGUGUUUAAAUGAAGAUUACACAAUGGGACUUAAAAAUGUGAGGAAUAAUAAAAGUGAGGAGGCCAUAGAUACAGAAUCCAGGCUCAAUGACAAUGUUUUUGCCACUCCCAGCCCCAUCAUCCAGCAGUUGGAAAAAAGUGAUGCCGAGUAUACCAACUCUCCUUUGGUACCUACAUUCUGUACUCCUGGUUUGAAAAUUCCAUCUACAAAGAAUAGCAUAGCUUUGGUAUCCACAAAUUACCCAUUAUCAAAAACAAAUAGUUCAUCAAAUGAUUUGGAAGUUAAAGAUCAUACUUCGUUGGUUUUAAAUUCAGACACAUGCUUUGAGAAUUUAACAGAUCCCUCUUCACCUACGAUUUCUUCUUAUGAGAAUCUGCUCAGAACACCUACACCUCCAGAAGUAACUAAAAUUCCAGAAGAUAUUCUCCAGCUUUUAUCAAAAUACAACUCAAACCUAGCUACUCCAAUAGCAAUUAAAGCAGUGCCACCCAGUAAAAGGUUCCUUAAACAUGGACAGAACAUCCGAGAUGUCAGCAACAAAGGAAACUGAAAUUCCAGUGGAUCUAUCCAUUACAGAAACUGAAUAGAAUGAGAUGAAAGCUGAGCUGGACCGAUUUUAUCAUUCACAUUCCCCUGCCUCUGUCCCCCUUUAAACAUUGACCCAUUUUAAAGACAGACAUGAACAUUAACAUCAUAAUACGCUUUUUAUGAAGUUUCGAUAAGGUUUAACCUUAGUCUUGUGGACAUGUAGUCCAGUCAUUCACUCUUUAAGUAUUAUUAGUGUUUCAUUGAUACUAAAUUACCCAGCUUAAUCAACAGAAUGGUUUAAGUAGUACCAGGAAGUAGGACAAGUAAUUUUAAAAAUAUAAAGGUGUUUGCUACUCAGAUGAGGCCACCCCUGACCUUCUGGCCAGGGAGACAUUGCUGCCAGCCAGCUCUUCCUUCCCAUCAUCUCCUUUCAGGACCGUCCCACACCUUUUACUUCCUCAGUGCUGUCUGAAGAUGCAGUUGCUGUUUGCAAACAACAGGAACACCAGUUAAACUAAUUAGGAAAACAGGGAGAUUUCCAGGCCUGGGUACCUAUAUACUGUGACCAUUGGAGGUGGAGACAGGUCUCAAUAGUUGGAACCAGGAACUCUGCUGUCAGGUUGUGAGUUUUGUUUCUCUUUUCUCCCAGCUUUUCACUGUGUGGGGGUCUUUUCUCUCAUGUCAGCUCUUUCUAUCACAUGGCAGCUGACCUCUCACACUCCACUCUGCAGCUUGGACACCCAGUAGACCCUGAAUUUCACUCUCUCUAAAAGGUUCUGAGGGCUCAUCCUGGGCCAGGGGCCCUCCUGUGCACUGUUAGCUAUGGCCACGGGAGCCUCCGGAGCUGCCUGGUAGCUUCAGGCUGACCUGCUUAUCAAGCCUACGAGUCUUCUGAUUUAAGUACAACUGGAAAGUAUUAUCUAAUUAAGUUCAUGAUAGUGCUUUUGGAGAACUUGUCAAAUUACAGCCAAUGAGAAAAUAAGGACCUAGCAUACUGUGGAGAACCAUUAAAAAUUUGAGAAGAAACAACAAGUAUUAUGUCAACUUACUUCAAAGGCUUAGUUUUGGGAAUUUGAUGCAGUAAAGAUUACCCUGUUUUAUGAUUGUUCCUUGAAAGUCAAAUGGGGGACCUGUCCAUUGUGCUCUAUUAAUCUUGUCAGAAAACUGUCACCAAAACAAACUUGAUUUUGUCCUUGUUCUAGGAGUUACUGGGUAGUUGUAACUAUAAUUUUUGUUAAAUAUAAUGUAAAAUAAAAUGUUAAGAUACUUAGUUUUGUUUUUCAAAGUAAAGCUCUAGUCAGCCUUAUGUAUGCCAUUGACUCUGAAAUGUAUACCAGCCUUUCACUGUGUACCGUGUGUAUAUAAAUCCACAGAACCGGAUGAGCUGCUUAGGGAGGGAAUAUAUUCAAAGUGUACCAAGGACCAAAUCCUGGAGUUCUCCCAACUUCAGAGGAUGGAAAGGGGCAGGGUAAUCUAGCAAAGGAGACUGAGAAGAGGCCAGUGAAGUAGGAAGAAAGUAUUUCAAGGAGAGUGAUGAUUCUGUGAAUAUUGCUGAGAAUUCAAAUAAAAAGAGGACUGAGAAUUGACUGUUGGGUUUGGCAAAGUCGAUGUUAUUGACAACACUGAUUAAUUUUGAUGGAGUGCUGGUACUGGAAGUCUGUAGUGGAUGGAAGAGAAAACAGCUGAGGAGGUAAAACAGUGGCUUUAGACAGCUCUUUUGAGGAGUUUUGCUAAAGAAGGGAGGCGAGAGAAGGGGUAGUAGCUAUAAGAGGUUAUGUAGUGAAGAGGUUUUUUAAAGAUGAGUGUAUUAGUCUGUUCUCACGCUGCUAAUAAAGACAUACCCAAGACUGGGUAAUUUAUAAAGGAAAGAGGUUUAAUGGACUCACAGUUCCACAUGGCUGGGGAGGCCUCACAAUCAUGGCAGAAGGCAAAGGGGGAAGCAAGACACGUCUUUCAUGGUGGCAGGCAAGAGGGCAUGUGCAGGGGAACUCCCCUUUAUCAAACCAUCAGAUCUCGUGAGACUUAUUCACUAUCAUGAGAACAGCAUAGGAAAGACCCGCCCCCAUGAUUCAGUUACCUCCCACUGCAUCCCUCCCAUGACGUGGGAAUUAUGGGAGCUACAAUUCAGGUGACAUUUGGGUGAGGACACAGCCAAACCACAUCGAUGGGCAAUAAAGACUGUUAAGCAUUUCUGAUUAUCUGCAAGGGAGCACCAGUUGUUUAGUGGUGGCCCCUCAGUUUGUCCAAGUCAUAUUUCCCUAACCCUUACCACCUCCCUCCUGUGAUCCUAGUUUCUGUUUCUUAGAACUGAUGCUUCCAGCUUGUCAAGCUUCAAAUAUUGGGAUCUUUCAAGUGUGUCUUCCCACUGCUCUUAAAAUGAAAUCCAAGAUCCUUAUUUUGGCUUACAUGGCCCUACGUGAUUUGACCCCAGCUUGCUUCUCCCUCCUGCCCCUUGUGCUCCAGCCACACCACCCUCUUCCACUCCGUUCUUCCUGCCCCCGGGCCUCACACAGGCUGCUCUCAUCCUGGAAUACUUUUUCCCACCCACUGUGCUAACACUCCCUCAUCCUUAAUUGGUGGACACUUGAUGUUUUUGUCUGCCCCCCAACUACUGCCCUUAAGAACCUACAGGCCAGCUCCAGGCUCAACCAAGCAACAUCACAACUUCUGACCACACUGGUCAAGUCAGGUCAAUGAAAGCCCAUUCUGGGACUGGGGAAGUACUGGGAAAGAGCAGCACACUUCUGGAGAUGCAGAGGUACAGCUGGAGCCGUGAAGGGAGGGCCAGCCUGUGGAGGAGCCCUCGCAACAGAGUUGAGGUGGUGUUGGAGCUCAAGGAUCAGCUGGGCCUGAAGUCAGCUAGCUCUACCCUGGACUUUUCUGUUAAAUGAUGCAUAAAUUCCUUGCCCUUGAGCCAGCUGGAGUUUUCUGUUACUUCAGACUUUGAGCCCUGGCUAAUAUGCUCUCAGAUUAAGUAUCAUUUUAUCAAAGACUUUGCCUAUCUUCCUGGUUUAAAAGAGAUUUUCCCCCUUAGUUCUUUCUCAGCACCUUAUUCUCGUCCUUCAUAGUUAUUUG